UUCUCCGUGCUUCCACGUGCGUGUGGGCGUGCGACCUUCGAGUGUGGCGUGUUCGUGUUCUGCAUGUUCUGCCAUACCCAUACCCUGGUCGCGUGAAGUCAGCGCUCGGAGCAGUUAGAGCACUGCUGAAACACUGAACUCUUCCUACAGCGAGACACGACGGCCUGCCCGGCCGCCCUCAUAACCACCCACGCCCUGGCACGCCGACUGCGCGCUGUCGGUCACUGUCGCUGUUGCUGUCGCUGUCUUUGUUGUCCAGCCCAGCCCAGCCCAACUCUCCCUCACUCACUCACGCUCCUUUCAGCGUGCUCAGCCUGCACAGGCAACCGGAAAGUUUGUCGAUACCAACUCUGUACUCCAGCUACCUCCGUACCAAAGACACAGGCACAGGCACUGGUACUGGUACUGGUACUGGUACUGCCUCUGGUUCCGGCUACGAACGACGAUACCUACCUUCCUCGCGCUUCCACCACCCACCACGCUCGAUCCUAUACCCUUCCUUUCCCAACCGUGCCGCGCUGGCCACGGCCCAUGACAUACCUUCACGGCCGACACGAUCGAGCGACAACGAUGCGACCUUGAAUCUACCUACCUACCUACCUACCUGCCUGCCUACCUGCACCCACCUGAACGCCUCGUCUUCCACAGCAUCGACCUUCUUUGUGACACAAGCAGUCAGGUCGCCACACGCGCUCAUUGUCCACUGCGCGGGAGUACAGGCUGCUCGCUUGCAAGCUUGCCUACCUGCUUGCUUGCCUGCCUGCCUGCUUGCUUGCUUGCUCGAUACCUUCUCAUUAUGACGGCACUGGCCUCACGAUCGCCCUACCCGGCACCAUCACUCACCAGCACCAUGGCCCCCUCCCAGUACCGUGCCCAGCUCAAUGGCCAUGGCGUCUUCACCUCGCCUACCGAGUCCGAGUUCUCCGAAUCGUACAAGGACGCUGCCGGCUCCGUUAUACACUGGGACGAGGAGCGUGUGGGCGAAUGGCUGAAGAGCAUCAAUUGCGCGCAGUAUGUGGACACGUUUCGCAAGAACAACAUCACUGGCGAAAACCUCAUGGACUUGGACCAGGCCACUCUCAAGGAGAUGGGCAUCAAGAAGAUUGGAGAUCGCGUUCGCAUCAAUGCCCAUGCCAAGCUUUUUCGGAGUAAUGUGUACAAGCGAACCAGCAAGCGUAACAUGAACAGGCACUCUCUCGCCGCUCUAGACGGUAAUCAGCAGCUGACACCCCCUUCAUCUGCAUCGCCCAGGCCUCUCCUCUCGGCUCGAUCGGGAACAACAUCACGAGCAGACAAACGGAUAUCACGACAAUUCAAUAGUGCUGACAUGGCAUAUGCCGCCCAUCUGGGCAAGUCCUCAUCCCGCCCGAACUCGCCAUUGGUUGACCAGGAAAACCGGGCUAGGCGCAAUGGCGCUCCCAGUCCCAUGGAAAAUGCUCGCAAAGACGCUGGGCCGUCAUAUGCCAACAGCCAAGCACCUCUCCCCGCCCGCCAUUACACAGCUCCCACACGUACACCACUUGAGACGCCACAAACGGCACGAUUUCAAUCUCACGUCAGAGCAUCGCCUUCACUCGAUACUCUGCAACCCCGAUCGUUACCCAGUGAAAAGCCUUAUAUUCGUGUCAUCUUUGAGAGCGGCCAAGGCAAAGUCAUUGACAUCAAAACAUUUCGCACCGCCGAAGAUAUCAUUCGAGCCACGCUCCGCAAAGGCAACCUGAACGAAAACCACUUUAGAUCAUAUUGCUUUUACGUGCUCGAUGGCACAGAUCCCAAACCGGAAUUCUGCCGCAGGCUGGGAGAGGCUGAGUUGUGCAAAUUGUGUAACGAUGGAGUGCGCACGGAGCGCGGUAGACUGAUACUGCGAAAGAUUCAUGCUGGCGAGCCGAAUGGAGAACAACUACGGCAUGCAGCGCGAAUAGCAGAGCAGCAGCAUCCCGAACCUCCGGCCAUCGAAGUGCAAACGCCCUUCAAAUCGAAGAGUCACCUGAAGCUCGAGAAGCUGACGGGAGAGCCUCUGGCAGCAGUCACUUAUCCCAUGAGUCCUGCCAGCCAGGCCGAGCGCAAUGACUACUUUGCGACCAAUAGCGAUUCUGGAUCAGGCUCGGCAAUCAAACGCAAUCAAAGCACAAUGUCCACCGCGUCGGCUCGUGCGAGAAAGCUCAAAGACUUCUAUGGAGCCAGGCCGCCCACCGAGUUGAUUACGCAAGACCUACAGUCCUACUUCCCCGAAGUGGACAGAGAAGCCAUGGACCGCACUGUACGAAUGUCGAUACGGAGGAGUAAAAGAAUGAGUCGCGCUCUGAGAACGUUAAGCACUGCGAGUAACUUCAGUAUCGCCAGCAGUCUCAAGGAUGCGCCGCCCCUUCCCACCAUUGCUGACACGUGGUUGAAGGAGGCGGGGCUAGCGCAGAAGAACGGUCUUCGUCCGUUGAGCGUAGUACGCCUCGGAAGGUCAGACUCACAUCGUGAAUCUGUAGCUAGUAGUGUCCUGGCGCCGCUCGACGAGGAAUCGCCGCUAGAACCGAACAGGAAGAGCUACAUAUCGUUCAACGGAGACAGUGGGUCAGACACCACGACGAGUAAUCUUGCAGUGACUGACCCUGAAGGCAAUACAGUCACAUCGUACUUUGACGAGUCUGGCAGCAGCCCAGCCGCGACGGAAGGUGGUACCGACAGUUUCAAUUCCCGGCUGUCAAGAUAUAUCGCCGAGGAUGGCGAAGAGCCAGAUGAAGAACUCAUUGCACAUCUGGAAAGUGACAGUUGGGACGACCUCAAAUACCUCAAGGGCGCGAUGAUUGGCCAGGGAUCUUUUGGAACCGUAUUUCUUGCUCUGCAUGCCGUCACUGCGGAACUGAUGGCGGUCAAGCAAGUCGAGAUGCCUAGCAAAGCGGGCAGCACCAUGGACGCCAAGAAGAACAACAUGAUUGAAGCCCUCAAGCACGAAAUCACUCUCCUCAAGGACUUGAAGCACGAAAAUAUUGUGCGGUAUCUCGGAUCUAACAGCGACGAGACUCAUCUCAACAUUUUCCUCGAGUAUGUCGCUGGUGGGUCAGUGGCAACUAUGCUUACGAAUUACGGGUCCCUUCCAGAGGGCCUCGUAUCAAAUUUCGUGAGGCAGAUCCUGCAAGGCCUGAAUUACUUGCAUUCCAAGGAUAUCAUCCACAGAGACAUCAAAGGCGCAAACAUCUUGGUGGAUAACAAGGGCACAGUCAAGAUUUCUGACUUUGGUAUUAGUAAGCGUGUAGAGGCAUCGACACUUCUCAAUCCAGGUCCACAUAAGCGCGGAGGACCACGAGUUUCGCUUCAAGGUUCCGUGUUCUGGAUGGCACCCGAAGUCGUGCGUCAAACUGCGUACACCAAGAAAGCCGACAUCUGGUCUCUCGGCUGCCUGAUAGUCGAGAUGAUGACGGGCAGUCACCCACAUCCCAACUGUACACAACUCCAGGCCAUUUUCAAGAUUGGCGCAAGCGGCAGCAAUGCAGAUAACGCCAAGCCCGACCUGCCCGAAGACGCCAGCGAGGCCGCCAGAGAAUUCUUGGCUCGGACGUUCGAACUUGAGCAUGAAAAGAGACCAAGUGCGGAAGAGUUGAUGUCAAUGUCAUUUUGUACGAUGAAGGGCUGAGCCCCUACGCGGCCAGGCACUGAUCAUGAAGAGAUAUGAGUGUAUGGAAUGGAAUAAUGAAGCGCAUCAACAACACAACGAAGAAGAGAACACCAAAAGAAGAAACAUGGCAUAGAGAGCCGUGUCCAUGGUGAUAUUGGAUACCUAAAAUGGCCCUGGUCAACAGCUGAGUUUUGCACGUGAUCAAGAAUAUACCACAUGUGCGCGAUGGUGAAUUGCAAUGAAAUUUGAGCGCAAUCUGAAUUUGGAAUCAAACCUCUUUCGAGAAGCGAUCGGAACGCGUGAAGGUCAAUCAAUGUUUGUUCUGUUCUCGUCAUGGGAUGCUCGCAAUGAAGGAAGAAAGGAAAGGAUAAUGGUAAUGCUCCAGGCAGACAGACAAGACAAACAGACAGAUCUAUCUAACUCGCGUAUCUCUCACCUUGG